AUGAACGCCUCGCUGGGGAAUCAGACCGAGGUGGCGGCGCUCUUCCUGGGCAACAGCAGUGACCCGCUGGAGCGGGUGCUGCGGUCCUUCACGCCCAGCUCGGUGGUGACCGACGACGGCUUCGUGGUGACCGCCCCGGACGAGCGGAGCUUGUACAUCAUGCGGGUGGUGCAGAUCGCCGUCAUGUGCGUCCUCUCGCUCACCGUCGUCUUCGGCAUCUUCUUCCUGGGCUGCAACCUGCUCAUCAAGUCCGAAGGCAUGAUUAACUUUUUGGUGAAGGACCGCAGGCCGUCCAAAGAGGUGGAGGCGGUGGUGGUGGGACCUUACUGA